UCAUUUUAGUAUUAUCCGUCUAUCAUCUCCAGGAUUCCAGGCAGUCUUUUCUUCCCUUGGAUCUCCGAGGCGUUGGCUUUUACCGCCGCCGGUCGAUCUUCUCUGCGGUCAUUUCCGAGUGCCUGACUAAAAUGCUUGGGGGCAGAGCUAUACAUCAGUUAUUAACCAGGAAGUUCCAAUCACAAUCCAGUGGAGCUGGACCUGUUACCAUGAAGGCCUUCAGAGCACUGGCCCUCCUUGGAGCAGGAGCAUCAGGGCUAUUAGGUUUUUCAACAAUAGCAUCUGCUGACGAAGCUGAACAUGGUUUGGAAUGUCCAAAGUAUCCUUGGCCUCACAAAGGCAUUCUCAGUUCUUAUGAUCAUGCUUCAAUUCGUCGCGGUCAUCAGGUUUAUCAAGAGGUCUGUGCUUCUUGCCACUCAAUGUCACUAGUUUCAUAUCGUGACUUGGUUGGUGUAGCAUAUACUGAGGAGGAAGUGAAGGCCAUGGCUGCUGAGAUUGAGGUGGUUGAUGGGCCUAAUGAUGAAGGGGAGAUGUAUACUCGCCCUGGUAAACUGAGUGACCGUUUUCCCCAGCCAUAUGCAAAUGAAGCAGCAGCUAGAUUUGCAAAUGGAGGAGCCUACCCUCCAGAUUUGAGUCUAAUUACUAAAGCACGUCAUAAUGGUCAAAAUUAUGUUUUUGCCCUCCUAACUGGGUACCGUGAUCCUCCUGCUGGUGUUUCGAUUCGUGAGGGAUUGCACUACAAUCCUUACUUCCCCGGGGGUGCUAUUGCAAUGCCUAAAAUGCUUAAUGACGGUGCUGUUGAGUAUGAAGAUGGUACCCCAGCAACUGAAGCUCAGAUGGGGAAAGAUGUGGUGUCUUUUCUAUCAUGGGCUGCUGAGCCAGAGAUGGAAGAGAGAAAACUGAUGGGAUUCAAGUGGAUAUUUGUGCUAUCACUUGCACUGCUUCAAGCUGGUUACUACCGGCGCUUGAGGUGGUCUGUUUAUAAGUCAAGGAAAUUGAUAGUCGAUGUUGUGAACUAAAAACUCCUUCCCUUUCCCCCUUCACAUUGUACUCACUUUUCGACUUUUGUUUAGUUGAUGGUGGUGAAAAUUGACAUAUCCUCCUGUUCCCUAGUAAUGAGUGAACAGGUUUUCCUUUUCAACUUGGAGAAUAAGAGUGUAUGUACUGAGUGCGAAAAUUCUUUCCAAUGGUGCAAAUUUUCUUGUCAUAAAAUAUUGGAUGUGGAUAUCAUGACUAUAAUGGUAUUGUUUUUGGUUGUCAAUGUGGCAUCCUCUUACUCAUUAUUUCAA